AUGAUUCAAACGUUAUCUCUAAGCUCUUUUCCGUUUUCUAUCACAAGUUUCUUUCAGUCGCUUGUCUUUUACUGUUUUUUUUAUUUCCCUGUUAGCACUAAACUUUCCUUCCGUUUUCUUUCAAACGUUUCUUUCAGCCGCUUUUCUUUUUCUGUUUUUUUUAUUCCCAUUAUCUAUAAACUUUCUUUCCGUUUUCUUUCAACGCUUAUCUCUAAAUUUUCUUUCCGUUUUCUUUCACGCAUUUCUUUCAGCUGCUUUUCUUUUUCUCUUUUUUUAUUCCCAGUAAUCUCUAAACUCUCAUUCCGUUUUCUAUCACGCGUUUCUUUCAGCCGCUUGUCUUUUACAGUUUUUUUUAUUUCCCACUUAUCACUAAACUUUCCUUCCGUAUUCUUUCAAAUGUUUCUUUCAGCCACUUUACUUUUUCUGUUUUUUUACUUCCCAGUUAUCACUAAAUUUUCCUUCCGUUUUCUUUCCAGCGUUUCUUUCAGUCGCUUUUCUUCUUCUGUUUUUUUUACUUCUCAGUUAUCUCUAAACUUUCUUUCCUUGUUAAUCCCAUUCUCUCUCUCUCUCUCUCUCUCUCUCUCUCUCUCUCUCUCUCUCUCUCUCUCUCUCUUAGACCUGACUUUCUCUUUCUCUCUCUCUCUCUCUCUCUCUCUCUCUCUCUCUCUUCGCUUUACCUUCUCAGCCCCUUCAUUUAUUCCAUUCCUCCAUUUUGAAUACAUAUCCCCUUUUCUUUCUUUCUUUUUUUUGAUAAUUUCUUUUGUGCCUGAUAAUUUCCUCCUCCUGCUUCUAACACCCCCCUUUUUUUCUUCCUGGGGCUUCUUCUACUCCUUUGCCUCUUACUGCCUCUUUACAUACUCCUCCUCCUCCUCCUGCUACUUCUUGCUCGUUUUUCAACUGCUCCUCCUCCUCUUACUGCUGCUUCAUUUUCUACACCUUUUCUUUCUCCUGCUUCUACUUCUGCCCCUUCUUUUCAUACUCCUUUUUUUUUCUGCAGUUACUGCUUCUCUUCUGUUUCACCUUCUCUUCCUGUUGUUUUUUUCUCUCCUCCUACCCUUGCUCUGUCUCUCCUGCUACUUUUCCUCUGGUUACUCUCUCCCUGUUGCUGCUGCUUCUGUUUUUUUUUUUUCUCCUGCAGUUUCUUCUUCCCCUCUUGCUGCUAGUUCUCCUUUUCCUUCUCCUUCGCAUUCUACUACUUCUUCUUCACCUGCUGGUUUUCCUCCAACAGUUUCAUUUCAUCUUAUUCUUACCAACCACUAUAAUCACCUUGUAAGCACACUUACCGUUGAGCAGUGCUUAACACACUAG